UAGCCCUAUUUCUGCCCCCUCCCAACGUGUCUCUUGGAUACUGCGAUUCCUCUUUCCUCAUUUGUUGAAAGGCUCGUGACGUCACACGUCCUCCAGCUGACUGACGGUGGUGCCGGAUCAUCGGCGCGGGGGUCCGUCUGUACCUCGGUGAUGCAGGCUCGGUACCGUUCAAAUCCUAAACCUACAUCUUAGAAUAAACCGGAAUGCGCAUAUUUUCGCGUCAUUUUGAUUUGCAUGCAAGUAAUUUUAGGACGGAAGCUGCAUUUUGAAUACUUGAACAAAGAUGCUUACACAAGAAAGUGACCGUGAUAGAAGAGGAUGGAGAUGAAUCGUGACUGACUUUAAUUGAUCUUCCGCACCAUGAGGACAAUAUGAUGGGCGCAUCCAGUGUCUCGGGGGACACCCUGAUUGCGUGCCACUUCCCGCUGCUUCCGCUUCCCGCCUGGCAACUUCCCGUUCGGGCCCUGUGCGGCUCGGCCAGGAGGCCGCCGGGCUCCUCCGGUCUGCCCCGGGCGGCGUCCCUCCCAGAGCAAGACGGGAUCAGCCCGGAGCAUCCCAUCGCGAUUAGUCAGAAGCAUUUUUCUAACAGUUUCGCGAGCCUCCACGAAGGCCGAGUGGACGAGGAGGGGGAUGAGGAGGAGGAGGAGGAUGGCAUUGGUGACUGCGUCUCCGCCUGGUCAGCAGAAGAAAGCAAAAAGGAAGCGGUUCGAGCGAGGGCGAGUCAGCGCUGGCACAACUCAUUCCUUCCCAAUCCGGACCCGGAUGAGGACGAUGAGGAUAGCGACGGGGACAACCUUCACAAAUACCGAGAGGAUUCAUCUUUCGUGUUGCACGGGACUCGCAAGUGGCACAAAAGCGCCGCCGACGACGACGGCAACACAGACUGGGGCCGGGAAGACUUCCUCCAAGCUCGGGGCCCCCUUCUGGGCAGAUGUGGCCCCGUGGCAACUGACGGAAUGCCCGAUCACAUCUCCUGCCGCGUCCACAACCGAAUCGAGUCUACCUCAGAGAUGUUCCCCAAUAGCCAAGCCGACGACGCCGGCGACUCCUCCUGCGGCAGCUCCGACGGGAUCCUGGUGAACUUCUGCGCCAUGUACGACCGCAGCAACAACCCCGCCGUGCCUCGUGACCUCAGCAGCCCGUCGGCUCAUCCAUCUCCGUCGUCGGAGGGAUCGGUGUUCCUCAACCUUCGACCUCUUCCAAGUGAGCGCGAUGAUCAAAGUUUGCAUAGUCCCCUGCGAGAGGAGCUUCUUAAGACCGCGUCUUGCUGCUCGCUUCGAGAUCAUCUUCCAAGCCGCACCCUUCAUCCCUCGGAGCGUCGACCUCCUCAAGAUCUCUCUUCUCCGGAGGCGUCCGACCAAGCCGGACUGCUCACUGGGACUAAUCAGACGUACUACAAGCUAGUGAAUUGUGAUCUUUCGUCCCAGUCGCCCGGCGAGACCUGGUCCGACUUCACCGGCUGCCCCGAGGAUGAGAGCAUCAGCGGCCCCGAGAUCCACUUGGUCCGUCCAAAGACAAGUGGACAGGAGCGUACAGGGAUGGAAGAUCAACAGAGGGAAAUUUUUCCAGACCAGGAUUUUCUGCUUGCCGACACUUCCGAAAAGAAAUCCUCUUCCGCGACGAAAGACCACAUCCAGAACCGAGGCCACAUGCCGGGGGUUUUUCGCAUCAACCAGAGCUGUAAAUGCCUGGCCUCACGCAAAACAACUGCCCAACAGCAUAUUACAUUAAACCAGGAAAAAUCUCACCUUGAGAAAAGGUCAAAUUUGCUGUGCCCCCAUCGACCAGAGAGGCCGACGUCUCUCCCAAUCCAGCCUAUCGUACUUGGCCUCCACGACAAACUUCUCCCCAAGGCUCAGCCGCCGGGUUGCCUCGUUGAACAUUACAUGAAAGAAAAAAACAGCAGGAAGUCUGGCAGCUCCCGAGCGUCCUUCAAGCCGAAUCCCAAACCCUCUUCGCUAACUAACCCUUGCGCCAUCUUCAUGGAAGCCUGUUCCAGCUCCGACACCUGCUCCACUUGCACGCCGAGCCCGGAUUGCGCUAACCGCCAAAAGACCUGGUUUCAGACCCGCCGUAGUCCAAGGCCAUCCGAAACAAAUCCAACUCAGACCGACUCGAAGAUCAUUCAGGACACAGCAAGCCCACAAACUGCGACGGAUUUGUUUUCGGGCCCCGGCCAGCCCAAGUUUGUUCGGAUUCCUACCUACCAGGAUCUUAUAAGCCUCACAACCCCCAAGGAGAACCAUCCGAAUCAUGACCAGAGCUUGUUCGAGUCCGUAUUUUCAGAUUCCGUAGCCCAAACCGACGACGACGACCCUGAUCAAGCGAAUCCUCUCCCGCAGAGCCCUCCACCAAAAACCUUUAGUCUAGCAGCUGCACUCUCUUCCGUGGUCCCACUUUCCUCUUUGGGCUCCCUGCUCUCAAUCGCUACUUCCGGUCGACGGCAUCGGCAAACCCUCAUCGGCGCCGCUGAAAGUCCACUUGACGAACCUCCGCCCCCGAAUGAGAGGCCGCCAACGGACCUCUCGCCCGACAACUCUUAUGAGUCUCUGUCCAUCAGUCAUCUCCAGAGGAGAGGUUUGCUGAGGGCCGUGAGCAGAGCGGUGGACCUCAUCAUAGCUCAUUUUGGCAACAGCAGAGAUCCAGAAGAAAAGAUGCGUCUCGGCAACAGUUAUCUGAGUGCUAUGAUGGCCAGUCUGGUCCUGGAUCACCUGUGUCCCGCCAUCCAGAACAUUCUAGAAGACGGCCUCAAAGAUCACAAAUUGGACAUAGUCAUCGGUCAGCAUCGUAACUCCUCCUGGACCGUAGUCAAAGUCUCGACCAAACCUGGUCCAUCCACCGAGAUUCUCUCCAGCCUGGUCCGUAAAAUCCUCAAGUGUCCACAGCUACACAGCCACAGCAUGAAGCUGAAGGCCUUCAUCAUGGGCUUGCUGAACUUGAGAACUUUGGAAUUCUGGCUCGGUCACCUCCACAGUCAAAGAGAUGUGGUGACUUCCCACUACCACGGUUGGGGCUUCCUGUCCAUGUCGCUGGGUCGAUGCCGGCCUUUGUUUCAGGAGCUUCUGCUUCUCCUGCAGCCUCUUUCCGUCUUACCCUUUGAGCUCGACUUGCUGCUGGAGCCCAGGUUGUUACGCAACGGGCAACCGCGCCCCAUGGGGGAUGGCGUCAGCCAGACGGUUUUCGCUUCUGUUCCAGAAUGGAGGAACUGGGGGGAAUGUGAGGUGGAAGGGGUUGGCUGUAGCCAGAAUUGCCUCGAUGUUAGACCUACACUUAAUCCGAACUCUGGGAAAAUGGAGAAAGACAAUCAAACCGCAGCCGAUGUUCAUGUUGAGAGACCUGUCCAGGGUGGACUGCGCUGGGCCAAACUUUUCGGAGCCGCAAAUGCUUCCACCAGGCUACAGGCGACUUCCCAGAGUCGCGUCAAAGGAUGCCAUCGUCCAUCACAGUGGCUGCAUCUAGACACAUCCCACGUUGGAUUCCUGACUCAAUCCAUCAGGUCAUUGAAGCCCUGAGGCGGUCAGACUGGCAGGCCGCCGAAAGGCUUUUACACAAAACAUCUUCCAAUGUGUGCUACAGCUAGGAACGCAACACUCAGCCGUUCUGCUGCGCUAAUCACAGAGAACACGACGAACAAGAUUAACAGCUUUGGCAGCCUCACUCAUUAAGCAUUAGCUGUACUUAAAUCCAAAGCUGAGCCAGCUAUGAAAAAGUUUGUCAUUAAAUUUAUGUUGUAUGUCUUAAAAUAUUUGAAACUAGACCGAUGAAGUGACUCAUAUCUCAUCACGUAAAUUCAGGUUUUUCUCAACCUCUGUCUAGACAGCAAAAAAAAACAACAAAAUUCAGUCAGGGAUUAUGAAGAUGUCAUGUUCUCUAUGAAAUCAAUCCACUGACAUGGCUUUU